AUGUUGAGCGAAGAAUACGCGGAAUGUAGAGUUCUACCCGCCAUCAAUGAAACAUUUCCACAAUUCGGCCGAUCAAUUGCAACACUGCUCUCGCCACUUGACUUAUCACUACGCGCCACCAAUCUAAUACCGAUUACACCUCCCUCAACACCCUCGCCACCACGAAAGCGUCAGAGAUUAAUGUCAGACGAGAAUUACCUUUGGCGACCGCAUGCCAUGGGCUCAAACCAACUAACAUCCUUGACAGCGUUGCCACCAGCAACUACUAGAUCCGCAUUAACCGAGGCAGCUACAGCUGCUAGCCUACACACUGGCAGCAAUUACCUUCCACAAUUACCCUUCAACUAUGACAGACGACACGAUGAAUUGGCGACGCAUCACACAGUAGCGUCCGGCGGAUAUAAAAACAAUUUACACGACAUAAGAAACAGCUUUGAAGAAAUUCCAGAAAGUCAAGUAACCGCAAUGGCACCCACACCAAACUCGGGAACAGCACUUCAGCCACUUCAGCAACAACAACAUUCGCCUUCGCCACAACAAAGCCAAUUGCCCAUUAUAUGCGUGGACGAUGAAACGAUUGUGCUGACCGAAGAUGAGGAUGAGGAGGAGGAGGAGGAGGAUGAGGAGGAGAAUGAAACACUUGUCAGUUCACACGACUACACCGAAGAAGUGGACGAUGUAGACGAUGACGAAGAUGCCGAUGAAGAGGCGGCGAUGACUUUGGCGGUGGGAGGAAGCGCAAACUACAGGCCAGCAAUGUACAUAGAUGUUAGUAGUAGUGAAAGCAAGCGUGAGGCUGGUGUAGAAAGCGGCGGAGUUGAGGCAGUUAAUGAUGAUGAAGAAGAAUAUGUAGACAUCUUGAGCAACGACGACGAUGACUUAAAUCCGCUCAGCGGCGGCAAUUUAACACAGCGUCUACAGUGUCAAGCAUUGGAGGAGGAGAUUGAGAAGACCGGCAAAGCCUUGACACGUAACAAAUUGGUCUACGACAAUGAAGAGCUACACCAUCGCGCCGUCGACGGACUGGCGAAAUUAUUCGAGAGAGAUUUUCUCGUGCCUGCGCAGGCAGGUGAGGCACGAGGUAAUAAUUUAGUGAUAAGUCAACAGCAGCAAGUCCCUCAUGUGAGCGUGAGCGAGGACAACAGUCGAGCGGCACAUGUGGAGAAGUUAACAAUGAAAGAUAGCAGAUUUGGGCGACCACAUCAGCAACGUGCACACAAAUCGGAGCGAAAGCGCAUGAAGAUGCGAAAGCAUCACCACGCACACGACGAGGAAACCAUCAGCCCCGUCUCCGGCACCAUAAUAACGAAAUUACGCGACGACGAGGAGCUGGUGGUGCGUAAAGGCGACAUUGAUCCGGCUUUCAAUGUGGUCGAAAUCACCGAAGAGGCUAAGGCGAUUUUGGCCAGUAUCGACAACAAAAUCGGAGCUUACUUAUGUCAGCUCUGUCGCACACUGUAUGACGAUGCAUUCCAGCUGGCACAACAUCGAUGUCCGCGCAUUGUGCACAUCGAAUACAAGUGUUCCGAGUGCGAAAAGGUUUUCAAUUGUCCGGCUAAUUUGGCCUCACAUCGUCGUUGGCAUAAACCAAAGUCGGAACUGUUGGCGGGCAGUGGACAAAGCAAAAAGCGACACAUGAGCAUGACGACGACUGCUGCUGGUUUUGGGCAUGAGAAGAAUAAAGCCGCCGACGAGGAAGUAGAGGGCGUUUAUCCUUGUGCCCAGUGUGGCAAACAUUUUCGGCGCCAUGCUUACUUGAAAAAACACCAAGCUUCCCAUCAGAUGUUAGAGAAUCUCAAAUCGUUGGAUAUUUUCAAAAGCUCCACAUCUCUUCCAAACCCAAAUUCUAUGCCGCAACCGAAAGCUUACUACCCUCUCCCCAACCUUUCGCCAAGCACUGCACCGCGUGCUCCCUACACACAUACCCCCCACUUCAACGCACACAACCAUCAACACGCACACACCAUCAAACCUUAUCCCCAACGAUUCAAUGCCUUUCCCUUUCCCACCCUGGAUCAACGACGUUUCUACUCUUUGGGAGAGCUUUAUCUCUCCCAGCACUUGGAUCAGGCUUCUGCAUUCCAAUACGUGCACGCCAAUCAUUUGCGCAACCUAACAGCUGCCGCGAGUACCUUUGCACCACGCCCUCCCCAUGCACCACCCUCCAAUGCCGCGCUUACGGCUAAAUGACCCAGUAUUGUGCGA